ACCUAUAUAAGAUCCAGCACAUCUGUUUCCCCUGCCAUUUUCGUUGUCUGCUGCUGCUGUCUUACAAUCAGCCAUGAUCUUCCAAGCUACCGUCAUCAGUGUCCUCUUCUGCUCUGUCCACAGUUUUACUGUACAGGAUCUCCUUGGAAAGACUGAUAAUCACUCUGGCAACACCAUUGAGGACGAUGAGUUCAGUAUCUCUACACUGUUAGAGAAGGCCAAUGUAAAUGUUGGAAAGAACAUAGAUGAGCCUCUCGUGAUGUUUGGAGACAUAGCAAUGCCAACAGGUCUGCAGAACGCUGAUCCCUGCACAAGUCGAGGAUGCCUGUGGCCUAAAGCCUCUGAUGGCAACGUCUACAUACCCUUCCGCAUCUCUAACCAGUACUCCCGACGUGAGAGGAACACUAUCAUCCAAGGCCUGCGCUCAUUUGCUGCAUCCACCUGCAUUCGCUUCACUCCCCACAAUGGUCAGAGAGACUUUGUGAACAUCCAGUCUCUCUCGGGCUGUUUCUCCUUUGUCGGGCGUCGUGGUGGUGGCCAGACAGUGUCUUUGAGUCGUCAGGGCUGUGUUUUCCAACAGAUCAUCCAACACGAGCUGCUCCAUGCCAUGGGCUUCAACCAUGAACAGACCCGGUCCGACAGGGACCUGCACGUUCGCAUCCUGCUGCAGAAUGUCAUCCGUGGAAUGGAAAACAACUUCAGGAUAAUCAAUACAAGGAACCUUGACACUCCCUAUGACUACAACUCUGUCAUGCACUAUGGAAGGUUUGCCUUCUCUAGGAACAGGCAGCCAACCAUCAUUCCUAUCCCCAACAACAAUGUAGCUAUCGGCAGAGCGACCCAAAUGAGCCCGACUGACAUCCUUCGGGUGAACCGCCUCUAUCGCUGCAAUUCAACUUCCAGACCUGACCCAGAACCUAUGCAAAGAAACCAUGUCCUCUAGAAAUGAAAGAAAUCAAGAGGAAAUGAGGCAGGUGGAUUCAAUGUUUAAUCUACAAGCAAAAUCAGAUGCAUCUUGUGCUAAAUGAAUUUCAGAAUUUUAUUAAAUAAGCUUCAGUUCUGACCUAAUCAGAAAUCAGUAUUUAGUGAAAUUGUCACAAAUUUGCAUUUAUAUAUAACUAUGCAAUACUUGAUUUCAAGCUUGAUUAAAUGCUUAUAAUGAAUAAAAAUAUAUAUACAAACAUU